CUCGUAACAAAAAACAUACAUCAAAGAAAUGUAAAAGUCAAAUUCGUGAGAGGUUAUUAGUCAAAAUUCCUGAAAUACUGAAAUGAAAAUUAAAUUAAACCUUAUUUCGGCCUAACGGUUUAUUCGCCACUAUUUAUAAUGCCUAGUGAAAGCCAAGAGGAGUCAAUUCAAAAUGAGUGUUCGUGUAUACCCAAGAAGAAAAAGAAAAAAGACAAAGUUGACAGCAAUGUCGACAUGGACAGCAUACCACCCCCGCCGCCUGGGGGAGAGCUCGAAUGGGACCUGCAGUUCUGCAGGUGGUGGGGCUGGAACUGGGUUCGACGCAAACCUGAAGAUUUAAUGUUGAACCCGCGGUCACAAUAUGAGCCACUACACUGUCGAUUUAUGUAUCCAUACGGCCCUGAAAGGGAGGGGAUUUGUAUUUGUAAGAAAAUUAAAGACUGCUGCAAGUCCAAAUGUUGUAAACCUAAAAAGAAUAAAUAUUGUCCCUGUCCAUUUCCACAACAACAUCCAGAUGCGUGCAGGUAUUAUUCAAAUGACAUGUACAUGAGACCAGAUUAUCAGUUCCCCCAAAAUGGCGUAUGCAGAGAUGUAUAUAGGAUGGAUCCUUAUUCUUGUCCUCGUCGAAUGUAUCGUGACGAUUUUCGACAAGAAGAUGAUCCUCGAUAUAGAGAUUAUCGUUAUGGACCAGAGGGCCGAAGGGGACCUCCAGACCAAUAUUAUCGAACCAAAUAUCGGCCAUCAAUCAGGCAAUGUUGUAAAUGUUGUAAGUGUCCCACACAAGGGUCCUCUCAAAAUCUGGAUGACGACUUCGAUCGCGUCAGUGUAAGCCUCCAUGAGAAAAACAAAACGAGACACUACGUGUGUCAUCCAUCCAGCGCACCUAAUCAAAAUGUUGAGAAUCGUGGUUACCAAGAAAAAGACCACUCAAGUAAUAACACGUGUACAAAGCCUAACAUACAAACGGUGCAAAAUCUUCACGACCUCUGCUAUCAUUACAAUCCAUAUUUGAGUCACUUAGGAGUGCCCUCUUUCCAUAAGUGUGGGCCUCCAACUAAAACUUUCCCGUGGAUGGAACAACCUUUUGCCAAUGACAGUUACAGAGAUGAAUUUAUAAGUCCAGUAACGGGGAAAACUUACAGUUUAAAUUUGGUUCAUUUAAACAAAGAUCACUUACCUAGAACUCUUCCUAACCCUAUCGAUCCAAAACAAGUUAACUUCGAUAAAGUAUUUGAGGUAACCGAAAAUCUUGCUAGUAUGAAGAAAAAUCUACUAUAUGACAACGUAUUAAAUUGUUUAUCACAAAAGACACCUUUUGGUGCUUUUACAUUUAAAAACAUAAAUCCCGUGGAUAAUAUUUUUGAGGAUGAAUCCAUACAAGUCACUCCUAGACAUGAGGACAACAAUCUAUUAUCCGAUGUUAGGAAAAACUUAAGGCGAGUAGAUGUUUUAAUGAAAAAUCUUACAGAUAGAGAAAGUGACAUAUCUAAUCCAAACAACAGUGAUUACAGUAGUGUGGACUGUGACAAAAUUAUUAGAAAAAUUUCUUAUAAUAGUCUGGAAGAUAUACAGUCAUCUGAUGAUAUUGGAAUCCACACGGGGGCAAGAUCUAAGUAUUGUAAAAACGCAACAAUUCAAAUUGAUAUUCAAGAUUCUGGCAACAGUAGCUGUAAAGUUUCUGGAAGAUCGUCAAAAAGAGCUUUGUCGCAGUCAUCUAUAGAAAAUGUACAUAAUAAGAAAAUCAAAACUUUUAAUGAACAAUUUUCUUAUAGUGAGCAUUGUAAUCCCAAAAUUGGUAAACCUACCAAAAGUGAUAAAUUACGUUCAAUGAAUAUGGCCAUUUAUCCAGAUAGGUUUAAUAAACAAAGAAAUUACGCCUAUUAUGUCGAAGACCAUAACAAUAUCACAAAUUACAAACAUUCAAUACAUAGCGCAACUACAUGCGAGAAAAAUGAAACCGCCGAAGAAAGUCCUCAUGGAAAUACAUUUUCAGAAAGCAACAAUUUAGAAAUGAACGAAAGCAGCGAUUGCACUCCAGGCACGAUGAAGCCUUUGAUUUUAAAGAAGUUGAGAAAUUAAUAUCAUGUAAACAAUUCACAAUUAAAAAAUGUCGAUCAUUUCUGAAUAUAUUACAGGAUGUGCAAAAUGUGUCCAUAAUAUCUAUGAAAUAUCUGUAAAAUAUUCCCAACCCUCAUUUAAUUGUAUUGUGACAGUUGUGUCUUUUUGUUUUUAUUAUUCCUUGGAAAUCUAAUAAAUUUAUUAAUUACUAA